CUUUCAAAUGCUUCGAAGCUUUGCUUAGACCACAAGGAAGUGAUCAACUCUCUAGAACACUGCUGUCAAGAUGGCACCGAUUGGGCUGAAAGCUGUAGUCGGAGAAAAAAUCAUCAGUGGUGUGAUCAAGAGUGUGAAAAAGGAUGGAGAAUGGAAGGUUCUUAUUGUGGAUCACAUGACCACAAGAAUUCUGUCCUCUUGUUGCAAGAUGUCUGACAUUUUGGCGGAGGGGGUGACCAUUGUGGAGGACAUCAAUAAACGCAGAGAACCCAUCUCCAGUUUGGAGGCCAUUUAUUUAAUCACCCCAUCUGCAAAGUCGGUUCAUGGUCUCAUUGAUGAUUUCAAAGAUGCAGCCUUUACAUACAAGGCAGCACACAUCUUCUUCACUGACACUUGUCCAGAUCCUCUCUUUGCUGAUAUUGGAAGAGCCAAAGUUUCAAAAUUUAUCAAGACUUUAAAAGAGAUCAAUGUUGCUUUUCUUCCAUAUGAGUCGCAGGUUUUCUCACUGGAUGACCCAAAAUCCUUGUACUCCUUCUACAGUUCAAAGGCAAAUGAAACAAGAGAUAAAAUGAUGGAAAAUGUGGCAGAGCAGAUUGCGACCCUGUGUGACACUCUCAAAGAGUACCCUGCAGUUCGUUAUCGCAAGGGACCUGAGGAAAAUGCUAGACUGGCUGAAGAGGUCUAUCAGCGCCUCAUUGCUCACAAAGCUGAAAACCCAACCAUGGGAGAGGGUCCAGAUAAGGCGCGAUCACAGCUAAUCAUUGUUGACCGUGGGUUUGAUCCCGUCUCACCUGUUCUUCAUGAGUUGACCUUCCAAGCAAUGGCUUAUGAUUUGCUAGACAUCAAACAGGACAUCUAUACUUAUCAGACAACCGGCAUUGGGAACUCAAAAGAGAAAGACGUCUUACUGGAUGAAGAUGAUGAACUCUGGGUUCAGCUCAGACACAUGCACAUCGCUGAUGUCACCAAGAAGGUGACAGAGCUUCUUCGCACAUUUUGUGAGAGCAAGAGGAUGUGCACUGACAAUGCCAAUAUCAAAGAUCUGUCUCAGAUGUUAAAGAAGAUGCCACAGUAUCAGAAGGAGCUGAGCAUGUACUCCACUCACUUACACCUAGCUGAAGCUUGUAUGAAGAAAUUCAAGGCCUCACUUGAUAAACUUUGUGAAGUGGAGCAGGACCUUGCAAUGGGAGCAAAUGCAGAAGGGGAACCACUGAAAGAUGCCAUGAAGAGCAUUGUUCCUGUGCUCUUAGAUAGUGACAUUGAUGCCUUUGACAAAAUCCGCAUCAUACUGCUGUUCAUAUUUCACAAGAAGAAGGGCAUUGGGGAGGAGAACCUUGCCAAGCUCAUCCAGCAUGCAAAUAUUCAGGCCGACAGCAACAUUAUUUACAACCUGCAGAACCUAGGCUGUAAUAUUAUAGCUGGGGGUCGCAAUUCUGGGAAAACACUGCCAGAUCGUAAGCAGCGUACAGAAAGCACAUACCAGCUUUCCAGGUGGACACCCACUGUCAAGGACAUCAUGGAGAAUGCCAUAGAAGACAAACUGGACAAAAAGCUGUGGCCAUUCAUCGCUGAACCAGCACCCAUCAACACAACUCAGACUGCAGUCAGCAGUGCACGUUUUGGACACUGGCACAAAAAUAAGUCUCCAACGGAGUAUCGGUCUGGCCCUCGUCUCAUUGUUUUUGUGAUUGGUGGGGUGUCAUACUCUGAGAUGCGUUGUGCUUAUGAAGUGACUCGAGCCACAGAUGGGAAAUGGGAAGUCCUGAUUGGAUCAUCUCACAUCCUAACUCCAACCAGCUUCCUCAAUGACUUGAAGACUCUGGACAAAGAUACUAAUCCUGAUCCGUAAUCCCCAAGUCGGGACAGCAAUACUGCAGUAGGAGUCUGGUUGUUCCUUUAAACUGAUGUCUUUCUGUUGUCCUGUUUAGCUUCUCUAACAUCUCUGAUGUGAAAUCUUAGAUGUAGUCAUGUAAGAAAGCAGUUGUGACUAUUCUAUUAUAGUGUGCUCUUUUGUUGUUAGUUGGGUUCUGUAUACUGCUGUGAUUGAAAUUGUAUUUAAGUAAUAAAUGAAACAAUAUUAAUAUUUUCAUUAUUCUAUUCAUAUUUAAAUUCUUAAUUUUGUUGUAAUUGACUUGCUUAGUUAUUUAGUCAGAAAUUCCAAAAAUUGUCACAAAGAAAGAGCAGCUCUCACCUCAUAGAAAUCUCUUAAUUCAAGUAUAUUGUAGUUGCACACAAUUGAAGGACAUAUUGUAUAUAGAUUUAAAAGUAGAUUAAAAUUAUUUUUUUUGGUAACUCUCUCCCUCAACCCUCUUCUUGAAAUAUUCAUCUCAGUAAUAAUGUCAGAACUGCUGUGUUAUGACCGUUGCACAUUUACUAGAUACUUUAAUAUAUUGCUGGGCGCUAGAGCAGUGGGUGCUUGUUUAUUUGUUGAUGGAAAUGAGCAAUAAAAUAAAAAAAUAUAUAUUGAA